AUGAACAGAUACACCGAUGAUCUCCGUUGCUUUCCCCCGUGGACGGUGCUCAGUGAUCCAAGCCCUGGCUCGCCGCUCCCCGAGUUGCCGUACAGCUUCUGCCAGAUGGAGCUCGCGUGUGUGACGGUCGCGAUCCUUAUGUGUGUGUUUGCGGAGCCAGGACGAGUGCUCCCCAAUUUGUAUGCGGAGCAUGCUAUCGGACCUAUCGUUGGCCUCAUCUUCAACGCACUCUUCGCCAAAAGGGAGCUGAUUGCUCUAGACGGUGUCAAUACCUCCGACUCGACCACAACUGGAAGCAACUGUCCACUUCAUGUACAUCUGUGUGAUAAUGGUACAUGCAUUCGUUAUGACACCUACGCUCGCGAAAGCUAUGGAUCUGAUUCCAUCACUGAGUCUUCGAGCGAUGCAGAGGCGCUUGGUAUGGACGAUGCACAGAUCGGGGAGUUCUUGAACGACUACAUUGAGGUGCUCCCCCUACAUAGUGCCUAUUGGACACCGGCGUGCAACUCCGGCACAGGAGAUUCAGACUUGCACGCUCCCUACCGCUGGGGACCGUCAUGGACGCCAGAUACAUCCAUGUGGGGGCCGCAGCGGAGGGAUCACCACGUUGUAAACAACCAUCGGGAGCGCCAUCUGACACCGUUAUCAGAGAAGCCUCAGCACGAGCAGCAGGCCUGA